AUGGACUCAGGUUCACCAUACCAGUGGAUGAGGGAGCUGAGAUGGGACUCUCAUGGCUUAAAUCCAAUAAGCCUUCUUAUAGACUGUGCUAAAUGUGUAGCAUCAGGAAGCAUCAAGAAUGCGGAUAUUGGGCUUGAGUACAUUUCUCAGAUUUCAUCUCCUGAUGGCAAUGCUGUGGAAAGAAUGGUCACUUAUUUCAGUGAAGCACUUGGUUAUAGGAUAAUCAAACAUUUGCCUGGUGUAUAUAAAUCUCUUUAUUCCUCAAAAACAUCACUGUCUUCGGAAGACAUCCUAGUUCAAAAGUACUUCUAUGAAUUGUGUCCCUUUCUCAAGUUUUCAUACAUGAUGACAAACCAAGCCAUUGUUGAAGCCAUGGAAUGUGAACAGGUGGUUCACAUUAUUGAUCUCCAUUGUUGUGAGCCUGCUCAAUGGAUAGACCUUUUACUAACAUUAAAGAACCGUCGAGGAGGUCCACCCCAUUUGAAAAUCACAGGCAUCCAUGAAAAGAAGCAAGUUUUAGACCAAAUGAGCUUACAUUUGAUCACUGAAGCUGGGAAUUUGGAUUUUCCUCUACAAUUCUAUCCAAUUGUUAGCAAAUUGGAAGAUGUUGACUUUGAAAACUUGCCAGUGAAAAUAGGAGAUGCUCUUGCAAUCACUUGUGUUCUUCAGCUGCAUUCUCUUCUUGCUACUGAUGAUGAAAUGGUUGGGAGGGUCUCACCAGCCGCGGCAGCAUCGAUGAAUCUGCACAGAGCAGUGCACAUGGGCCAGAGGACUUUUGCAGAGUGGCUUGAGAGAGAUAUGAUCAAUGCAUAUAUAUUGAGUCCUGAUUCUGCUUUGUCACCUCUUUCCUUAGGUGCCUCACCUAAGAUGGGAAUGUUCCUUAGCUCUAUGCGAAAACUCCAACCAAAGCUGAUGGUGAUUACUGAACAAGAAUCAAAUCUUAAUGGAUCCAAUUUGAUGGAAAGAAUUGAUAGAGCACUGUACUUUUACAGUGCAUUGUUUGAUUGCUUGGACUCUACUGUUGUGAGAACAUCAUUAGAGAGACAAAAACUUGAGAGCAUGCUUCUUGGGGAGCAGAUAAAGAACAUUAUUGCUUGUGAGGGAGUUGAUAGAAAGGAGAGGCAUGAGAAACUCGAGAAAUGGAUUCCGAGGCUUGAAAUGGCUGGUUUUGUUAAGGUUCCUUUGAGCUAUAAUGGAAGGAUUGAAGCAAAGAAUCUGUUGCAUAGAUAUAGUCAUAAAUACAAAUUUCGAGAAGAGAAUGAUUGUUUACUUGUGUGCUGGAGUGACAGACCACUAUUUUCAGUGUCAGCUUGGAGUUUUAGGAGGUGA